GCAGCGGGGGUUGGGGGGCUGUGUGGGGCUCGCAGUGGGGCUGAGGCAGGCAGUCGGGCGAGCCAUGGCGGGAGCCGCAGCGGGCGGCAGAGGCGGAGGUGCCUGGGGGCCGGGACGCGGAGGGGCCGGGGGGCUCCGGCGGGGCUGCUCUCCCCCAGCCGCCGCCGGCUCCCCCCGGGCUGGGCUGCAGCCGCUCAGGGCCACGAUCCCCUUCCAGCUGCAGCAGCCGCACCAGCGCCGGGACUGGGGUGGCCGUGCAGCCAGCGUCCCAUGCUCGGUGGCCCCAGAAAAGUCAGUGUGUAGGCCUCAGCCACUUCAGGUCCGGCGUACAUUCUCCCUGGACACCAUCCUCAGCUCCUACCUUCUGGGCCAGUGGCCACGAGAUGCUGAUGGGGCCUUCACCUGCUGCACCAAUGACAAGGCCACCCAGACGCCCCUGUCCUGGCAAGAGCUAGAAGGUGAGCGUGCCAGCUCCUGUGCACACAAGCGCUCAGCAUCCUGGGGCAGCACAGACCACCGAAAAGAGAUUUCCAAGUUGAAGCAACAACUGCAGAGGACGAAGCUGAGCCGCAGUGGGAAAGAGAAGGAGCGAGGUUCCCCACUCCCAGGGGACCACGCAGUGCGGGGAGCACUGAGGGCGUCCCCUCCCACCUUCCCAUCAGGGUCCCCUGUCUUGCGACUCAGCCCCUGCCUGCACAGGAGCCUCGAAGGGCUUAACCAAGAGCUGGAGGAGGUGUUUGUGAAGGAGCAGGGAGAAGAGGAGCUGCUGAGGAUCCUUGAUAUCCCUGAUGGGCACCGGGCCCCAGCUCCUCCCCAGAGUGGCAGCUGUGAUCAUCCCCUCCUCCUCCUGGAGCCUGGCAACCUUGCCAGCUCUCCUUCCAUGUCCUUGGCAUCUCCCCAGCCUUGUGGCCUGGCCAGUCAUGAGGAACUUCGGGGUGCCGCCGAGGAGCUGGCAUCCACCCCCAACGACAAAGCCUCCUCUCCAGGCCACCCAGCCUUUCUUGAAGAUGGCAGCCCAUCUCCAGUCCUUGCCUUUGCUGCCUCCCCUCGGCCUAAUCAUAGCUACGUCUUCAAACGGGAGCCCCCAGAAGGCUGUGAGAAAGUGCGUGUGUUUGAAGAAGCCACGUCCCCAGGUCCCGACCUGGCCUUCCUGACUUCCUGUCCUGACAAGAACAAAGUCCAUUUCAACCCGACCGGCUCAGCCUUCUGCCCCGUCAACCUGAUGAAGCCCCUCUUCCCCGGCAUGGGCUUCAUCUUCCGUAACUGCCCCUCAAACCCGGGGUCUCCCCUUCCUCCGGCCAGCCCCAGGCCACCACCUCGGAAGGAUCCAGAGGCCUCCAAGGCCUCCCCACUGCCAUUCGAGCCAUGGCAGCGCACCCCACCAUCAGAAGAGCCUGUGCUUUUCCAGAGCUCCCUGAUGGUCUGAGGGUCCCACCCCUGCCCCACUUUACCAUAGAGACCAGUGCCUUGGUGGCAGGUCCCUCCCCAGGUCCCCUGAGAUGGGGUAUGGAGGGGCCCUUCCCUCUCGGCCUUCGAGCACUUUCUUUCACUUAUUGUGUCAAAGCCCUGGGUCCUCUUUUUGAUGGGCACCAGCCCCUCUGAACAUGAUGGGACCUGCCUUCUCCACUAGUAGCUGGGCAGCUCACAACUCACACCUGUGUACCUGCCACAUCCCUCACUUGGUGGAAAACACCCAGAAGGUCUUGAGUCCCCCACCCCUGGGUGUCAGUCCAAAUGACUGUAUAGGAGGCCCUUAUUUUUGUCACAGAGCAAGCUGGCCAUGAACGAAGGAGAGAAGACGCCACAAAUUUCCUUCCCUCUCCUCCAGGAGACCAUAAGAUAGAUCCCCCAUCCUCUCAGAUAAUCCCCAUGCCUCCCUCUCAUUGGAGGAGCUGACCAAAGCAGCCCUAAUGGGCCAUAACAUUUGACCAAUUCAGCUGCUGGCAGAGGGAGGAAACAAGUGUUUUCCCAAGUGGCAUUUUCAUCUCGCUUUCACCCUGACUAAAGAUUGUCUUAAGUAGCAGCCCAGCCCGCCCAGCCCCAGGUGGGUGGUGGGGAGGAGGGCUGGCAUUCCUCCAGGUGGCAAAUGGCGACUCUAUACCCUCCGCCCGCCCCAGGGCUGGACUGGAUUAGAAAAAUGCCUAUUUUUCUUGUAUCGAUGUAGAGACUCUAUUUUCUCCCAAAGACACUAUUUUUGCAGCUGUUUGAAGUUUGUAUAUUUUCCGUACUGCAGAGCUUACACAAAAUUGAAGAAUGUUAAUGUUCGAGUUUUCUUAUCUUGUGUUUAGAGGUUGUUUUUUCCAGAUCUUGGUGUUAAUAGACCAAAUAAAUAAAUAAAUAUUCCCAGCAGCUUGAA